AUGGACGACCCCGGUUACAUUCGGCAGGUGAAGCAGCUGAGGCGCCAGCGGGCGGCGAAGCUUCGACAGGACGUCGUAGACAUGGCCAGCGACAACGACGGCUCACCAGACGGUGGCUUGCCAAGCCCCUAUUUGUCGGCCGGUGGCUUGCUUGCAAGAAGUUCGUCCGACGGAGCGAGGAAUCAGAGCACCAGUGGGAGGAGCAACGCGCAAGUUGGGCCAAGGAAACGACCGCUACUCAAUGAUGGUCCAAAGGACGGGAAUUCUUACGACCAGGGUCUUUUGUCGCACAACAGAUCUUUCCAGGAGCGAUUCCGACGGGACGCAUUCCGACGGGACGCAUUCCGACGGGACGCAUUCCGGCGGGACGAAAGGCUUGCUGAACUGUCGGCAGGAAGUGACGCUGAUGGGGCUUCAGACGAGGAAGGGGACCCGCAGGGGGAACGGGAGGGGGAUCCGGACUCGGAGAGGGAUCCGGACUCGGAGAGGGAUCCGGACUCGGAGAAGGACCCGGACUCGGAGAGGGUUCGGGCCCCCGGAGAGGAAUGGGACCUUGGAGAAGAAUUGGAGGAACGGGACAAGGAGGCGAAGGAGAGAGAUCCUUGGCUGCGCGAGCUAGCUGACGAGCAGCUGGACUCUGCUAAGAUCGAGAAGUUGCUGAACGCUAAACAGAGGGAGGCCGAAAGGCAAGAGCAGAAACAAUUGGUGUCAGGUAGCAAGAGCGAGUCACUACGUGCUCUGCAUACUCUUCUAGAUAACGAAUCUCAAACUCCCACUGAUCUAAUUCGAAAGAUACGUCCUGCACAGGCACAGCGCCAGAAAGGCUUCAGAAAACGAGAGCUUUUAACACCUGAACAGCAAGCGCUAUUCGACAAUAUUUCAAAUCACUGCCAAAGACUAAUAAUGGACGGGUAUCCCACCAUUUAUGAGAUGACCAAGAUCGAGAUGAAAGCAGCACUGAUGAAAAUCGAACCGAUGUAG